UUCCGGUUCAUCGCUCAAAAACAGCAAUGGCAGAUUUGACUUUUCUUAUUUUCGAGUUAUAUUCUUGACCUUUUUGAGGUACUCGGUUUGGAGCUCGAACAUAUUACCGCCAGAUCGGUGGGUUCGCGAACUGUGGGGGUUUAAGGAGGUUAAACCCUACCCUAUCUCUCUCUCUCUCUCGCCUUAACAAUGAGUUUCCCCGGAGAGGAGAGGAUGGUGACGGAGAGAAUAAGAAAGAAACUCGAUGAGCUCAAUGUGGCAGUUCAGAACCAGCUCUCCGGAGUACAGGAUCACGUCAAUUUCACACUUCAGCAAGCAUACUUCAAAUGCGCACACGAAUGCUUUGAUAGAAGGAAGAGGCAAGAACAAAUAAAUAACUGUGUGGAGAACUGUAGCGUUCCUGUUUUUAAGGCGAACGGCUUGGUCGAGAGUGAGAUGGCCAAUUUUCAGGAGCGUCUGAGUCGAUCUAUGAUGGUUUGUCAAGACCAUUUCGAAGCAUCCAAACUUCAAGGGCAUAAAAAUGGAGACUUCAGUGGAUUAGAGUCAUGCGUGGAUAAAGCAAUUGAAGAUAACAUUUCUUUUUUGCCACACAUUGUCGAUAAAUUAAGUUCUGCUCUCUCCAUCGAUAAAUGAUUAGAGCAAUUCAGAUCUACUGUGGCCUUAAAUAGUUAUAUUUACAAGAUCUUUCUGUGGUGAAUAUUGAUAUAUGUAGUGGAUAUUAUUAGCUUUGUUGAUGUGAUCUUUGAACAGUCUGAACCAACCUAUCCAGAUAUGAUGCUGUGGUUUCCAUAGUUCACCGGUAUAUGGAAGAUGUUUUCUGUUUCAAUUUCAUGGAGCUGAUGUAUCAGCUUAGUCGUUGGUCCUUGGUGAUUGCACCUCUACUGCAAGAAACCAGAAGAAGUGGCUUAGAAGAAUAACGGGCUAUGGGGUUACCUGAUAUUUUUCUAGUUUUUUUUCUUUUUAAGCGUAUCAAUGGCUAUACUUGGUGUUCCUGUAUGGGUUUAUGGCACAGGGAAAUCGAGUUUGUGUCGAUGUCGUGGCUUUGUUCCUAAUUUAUGAUUUGUUGGUUAAACUUUCAUUUGUUAUAGAAGCCUGGAUAUUCCAUGCUUGGAAUCUGCAGUGUCGCUAUGGACGAUAUUGUAACAAUGCUCAGGUUUAUCAGAGCAUAGGCUACUCAACUAAUUAGUAUUUGCUAAGUUGAUUCUGCUCUGUUUUA